AUGGCGGCAAGAUCCCAAGUGCAUGCACUGUUCUGGCCAAAGCGUCUGGGUACGCAGCACUAUAGGUUUUGCAAACUCUGCUUUCCUUCCGAAGGAGAUGUACCGAAGGUCGACGAUGUGAAGCAGGUGAUGGAUGCCGGCUUUGAGCCUUCGAAGGAAUGGAGAGGAUGCGUUCUGAAUCGGCACACUCCAUCCAACAUGGUGAACCACAUUCGGUCCAAGCACCCUCAGCAUUUGCCAGAGCAUAUGCAGCUGGUCCGGGCGUGUGAAGAUCCAGAUAUGAGAAAGAAGAAGAUCGACCUGCAAUUGCUCCGCUCCUGGGCCGAACACAUGGUGUUGGGAGCCUUGAUGCCGGUCAACCUGAUUGAUGACAUGCAUCUCCGAGCAGUUCUUGAUCCCCGUCUCCCAGGUUUGGCCCACGGCGGAAAGCUUCAGGAGGAAGUGGACUGUGUUGUACAAGGUCUUCGGGAUGAGGUAGCCCGCAGAGUGGCAGAGGCAAAGGAGCAAGGAUGCCGCUUCUGCAUUUCUGCGGACAGUUGGAAACCGAGGAUGAAAAUUCGCAGAUCCUAUGUUGCUGUGUACCUGCACUGGGUUGACAACACUUGGACGCGCAACGCAGUUUGCGCAGGUGUGCAAGAAACGCAUCCGCCAAGGACUGGCGAACUGUACAGGGAUACAUUUCUGACGAUUUUGGAUGACCUGGACUUGGAAACCAAAGAUUUGAGCUGUGGCAUGAGCGACCACGAGGGGGCCAUUCGCAAAGGUUUACGCUUGCUGACGUCUGCUGGCAAAAGUCUCCCUUUGGUCGGCUGCGGCUGCCAUGCUGCACAGCUCCCGAUCAAACAUUGCAUGCCACCUCUUCGUUCAGCAGAGGAUUCCGAAUCUGGUAGUGACAGUUCCAGCAGCGCAUCAUCGUCGGAUACGGAGGAAGAACAACAGAGGCGACCUGGCAGACGGGCAGACCCCGUUGCAAAGGCUUUGCGGAAGGAUCUCAAACCGUGGUUUGCACACUCACGAGACAUCGUCAAGUUCUACCGGCACAAUUCGGACGUGGUGUUGCAGUUGGAGCGUGAUGCCAAGGAAGCAGGUUUGCAUUGUCAGGCCUACCAGUCAGAGACACCUACGAGGUGGAGUUCGUCUUUGUAUAGCGCCAUGUCUACAUUGAAAAACAACUCCGCCCACAUGCUGUCCAAGCAUCGCCACAGUACCCGGGCGCCGGAUGGGUUCUCCGAGGCCGACGUGGCUUUGGGCAGAGAGAUCUGUGCUGUGCUUGCGCCUUUUGAAGCAGCAACGAGAUUAUUGGAAGGUGACACUGUCACUUGCAGCGUUUAUCUGCCUUGCUGGCAUUCGAUUGGCAAUGCGUUGAAGAAACCUGAGCUCAAGGUGCAGAAGGACCUCCAACGGUUGCAGCCUCCAAAAAGAGUGGUGAAGGUGGCAAACAUGAAGCCGCUGAGCAAAAGGCUGCUCGAAUUCUUGAUAGCAGAUUUGGGAAAAACACAGGAUCGACACUUGUCUGGGACAACGGGCUUGGAGCUUUUGCAGGCCGCAACCUUUCUGGAUCCACGUUUCAAGCAGCAUGCUGUGUUCUCUCGCGCGAAAAGAGCAGAAGUUCGCGGAAAUGUGAAAGCAUUGACUUUGCAGCGUGCAGCUGAUUCACCACUCUUGGAACAAGCCUUGGCAAAUCAGCAGCAAAUCCCGCACAGACUGCUCGCAGUUGGUGCUGCUGAUGGUGCGGGCGGUCGUGCUAGAGGCCGUGGCGCCCAUGGUCGCGGCCGUGGCAGAGGAGGUCAUGCUGACAACCAAGCAUCUCCCAGGGGACGGAGGACAUUGAAGAGGAAAACCUCUGCCGAAGAAUUUUUGUUUGGACCUGAAAACAAUGAGCCGCUGUGGCAACAGGCCGCGAAUUUAGCCGGACAAGUAGAAACAGAGUUGGAUUUGUGGGACAAAAUUCCAUCUAUGGAAACUUUGUCAAAAGAGGCAUCGCCGCUUGCAUUUUGGAAAGAGCAUGCGGUGUUUUUCCCGUGCCUGGCCAUUUUGGCUAGGGAAAUCCUUGGCAUUUUGCCAUCCAGCGCAGGGCUGGAACGUUUGUUCUCGGGUGCUGGGAGGUGUGUGACCUCUCGGCGCCCGCGUCUUGCUCCUGAGCGGGCUGCCGCUCUAAUUUUUGGGCAUGGCAACGUCUCUCUUGGGCUGUCUGUGUUGCACGAAGUAGACGAGCAGAACAGCGGUUAG